AUGGCCGCCUCAGCGUCAACCUCUCUGGCAUCGCAGCUCUCGGGCCUAGGGUCCUUGGCUUGUCCUCAGUACUCUGGUUUGCGCCAUGCUUUCUUCAAGCAGGAGCAGCGAUCCCUCUCCGAUGCCCACCUUAGCCAGCUCCACAGGCAUCUCCGCGUCGCUUCUCCCUCAGGAGGGAAGGCUUGCCGUGCCGUCGUCGCCAUGGCCGGCACUGGAAAGGUGAGAUAUCGAAAAACAUUUGUUAUUAUGGUUUAAAGAAGAAAACCCUCGAUUUCGGUCACUUUCUUUGUGAAAUGGGAUUUGCGGUGCAAUGCGGAGUCUUCUUGCCUUCUCACACUCUUUUGUUUCCUUUUUUUUUAACCGCUUAUUUAUCACAUGGCGUGGCCCUCUCGAUUGUGCUUGAACUGUUGUGGAGAAGCUCAUGCAGUGGUUCCUUGUAAGAUAAGGAUCUGACAACGCUAAAAAUUGUCACUAGGUUGGACCUAUGUAUGGUGAAUUUCAGUCGAGUAAGUGAGUGUCGUAGUUGGGAAUUUGAUAUCUUUUAGGUGGGCCAUGGUUGACCGGCAGGUGAAUCUGAAACUUUCAUAUUAAACAUUGCAUCUGUCGGGCGAUUUAGUUUUGCGGGUGCCCCAUUAUUCAUUGGAUUCAUUUAUUUAUUUUAUAUGAAAAUUCAAGGUCUAGAUAUUUGACGGUGAAAGUAAGUUCAUUGGACGUUUAUCAAUUGCAUUUGAUGACUUCUGUCUCUUUCCUAUUGUCAUACUUGGUUUCGAAAUGAAUAAAAAAUGUAAUCCUCCGUGCAAGCGUGAACAAUCCAAAGAAGUCUUUCUUAGUGUGAAGGGUCGUUCAAUGAAGACGUCACAUAUGUCCUUGGGUGAUGUAAAAUUUACAGGCAACAUUGCUACGCUUGCUCCUGUCGAUUAUCUGUUAGCGGCUCCUGUUUUUACCUAUUUACAUGGAAUGUGUGAACAAGUGAACAUCUUUUUGUUGGUUGCUUGGGAGAGUCUAGCAAGGAUAUUUUCGUUUUAUUUUUAAUCACAAACAGAACCGACCUAAUGAUAUUUCUUUCGGUGGGAGAACAUCUCUGGCAUGCAGUUUAUCUAAUUUGCUUUUAUUCAUGGUCAAAUUCAGUAGCGUUUAAUUCCAUACCUUCAGUAAGUUAGUAAUAGCCUCAGCAUUCAAAUCUCCUUUUUUCACACUUCGUUGUUUGUCACUUUUUAUCGGUUUUAAUAUUAAUUUCCCUUUCAAUGUGAUUGAGGUUUUGUCUUUUCCAUGUAUUUAACCUUUUUUUUUCCUUGUCUUGACAGUUUUUUGUCGGAGGUAACUGGAAAUGUGUAAGUACGAAUUCCUCAUCAUUUGACCCUCUAUUUUGGCUAAAAUUUACAAUGAACCUGUUACUUUUUUACUCUGACAUUUUUUAAAACGAAGUUCAUUCUUGAACUUCAGUUAAUUGACCUGUGCUUUUCUUUUUUCUUAAUGUUUUCAUAAAUUAUCAUAAUAUUAUAUAUAGAUAUAUAUAUAUAAUGACGGUGUGGUUGGUAGUCAGUCUGUGCUGAAAGCUCCAACCGAAACAUUUGGAGAAGACAUUUUUUCAAUUGGCAUCUGGGAACAAGUUCCAUGGUGAAUGGUAUACGAAAUAUUUUACAAAAGGGAAUGCUACUCUUAUCUUUCUUGUCACUACAGUGCCCAGAUAAAACAUGUACUAGAUGACUGUAAUUUAUUCUUCCAUGACGAUGUUCUUCAUUUUGGUUGGAGACUAAUACUUAUUACUGAUACACGUGACCCCACAUUUAGCCAUAUUGUCUUUGAAUAAUACAUACUCGGGUGUGAUUUAUAUUUUUCUUAUCACCAUCAACAUUCCUCCAAUAAAGCUGCUACAAGUGAAUCAUCCUAUUGAACUAGAAACCAAUUAGCAAUGUGAAGUAGGCUCGAAUAUUCAGCGACAUGAAUUAAUUUUCUCUUCUGACUGGGACUGUCAUGACACAUCCCUUGCAUGGAUGCUGGCUUUUGGGAUCUGCCUCAAGGAAAAUGCAAAUGGGGGAUAUCGAACCUGAAAUGUAAUCCGAGAGGCUAAUUUUUUGUAAGGGGGACGGGCUGUCCUGUCCAUCCCAAAAGAGACUGUGAAUGAGUUGAGUGGACAUAUUUACUUUUAGUCAUAAGAUUCAACUUGUCCAUAGGACUACUCUAGCAUAUCUUGUGGUGUGUUCACUCAAGCUCUUAUUGUAAUCAUUUUGAAUUAUGUUGUGAGUUUCUAUCUCUGUCAUGAUUCGUAGGUCUUUAUAUUUCCUCUCCAUGUUUUCUUUGGCUCAAAAUUAUUUCCGAGCUUUGUGAAGCGGACCAUCAUAGUUUAUCUUUUUCUAAUAGAAUGGGACGAAGGACUCCAUCAGUACGCUUGUCUCGGACUUGAAUAGUGCAAAUAUUGAGUCUGAUGUCGGUAAGUCAAUUACUCCUGUUAUCACUUUCGUUGAUAUACUUGUUUCCUGUUUCAUGUCAUGUCCGUGUUUAUUGUUUCCUUUUAUGUUUAUAAUUUUUUUUUAAUGUUACUUUUUGACAAAAGGUAGGGUUUGGAGACCAGAUCAGACAUGUCACUUAUGAUGUGGGUAUUCAUUUUCGUAAUACAAUAGUGUUUUUCUCAGUCCAAUGGUACCGUGAAUUGGGUGUCUUGAGCUACGCUAUUGUUUAUCCCAGUUCAAUCAAUGCAUGGCAAACAUAAGUUGUUUGUCAUCCCUGAAAGUUCCAAGUUUGUCUCAUAGGUUGGGAAAUAUAAGGUGCAUCUGCCGACCUUCUACAUCAUCUUUGUUUUUUAUGACGGUUUUGAACGUGUUAAAUUUUUUCGUCUCAAGUACUAUUUCGUUAUGUGGUAUUUUUGUUACUCCAGGGGAAUUUUGUGUGUUUGGUUUAGAAGAGAAUUCUGAAAGUUGAGAUCAGCCAUCCCAAUUUAUGCUCAUUUAGGACGGAUAGAAAUUCCUCACCAAUGUAAUUAGAGUUUUGAAAGCGAAAAGCUUGCUAUAAUGUGGAAAACUUAAUUAGGUCAAUAUAUAUUUUUUGUGAAAUAUUGAUAUGUAUCUCUAUAAAUAUCGAAUUCUUUUUAAUCUAUUGUCCUGUUCACAAUUAGAUGCAUGCAUAUGUAUGUUCCUCCUUGGGAAAGACCAUUCAAACCUUUUGGGGGGGGGGCGCAGAUUAGGCAACUGUCCUUUCUCCCUUAGGGGUAGCUACCCCAGGGGAGGCCACCUCUUUAUUUUGGAUUCAUCUAUUCUAUGCUGUUUCUUGAAAUAUGUAAAAAGAAUAUCUUCACAAAUAGGUGGAUGCUCUCUCUCUUUGGGUCUGUGGGGUCACUGGUGGUUAUUCCUCUUGAGAGCUGCCAAUAGUGAGUUUUCCGCUUAAUGGACUUAGAUGAGGAGGAGAAUGGUACGCAAGAUCAGAGCCAGGAAAGGGUAUUAACUACUUAUGAUCCAUACCCUGACCUACAUCAGAUUCAGUCCCUCAAAUUCAGUUUGGUGGGAUUUCUGGGUCAUGUCAGAUUGAUCCUUGUCGGUUCUGCUAUCCAAUUCCUGGAUGCCUGAUGUAAUUGCCGAUUUUUUAUUUUAUUUAUUGUUUGUAGACUUCUCUCCUGGCCUUUGUACACAGACAUUUUUCUGCUCGCAUUUAUGUCAGACUCCUAUAUGGGGUAGGGUGCCCAGAGUAGACGAUGAGCUGUCUUUGUCUGAGUUGUUUUAACUACGUAUUCUUUUUGUUUGGAUUACAGAUGUUGUGGUAUCUCCUCCAUACCUAUACAUUGACCAGGUCAAGAGCUCGCUGACUGACCGUAUUGAGAUAUCUGCUCAGAAUUGUUGGGUGGGAAAAGGUGGAGCUUACACAGGAGAGAUCAGGUUUUUUUUUUCUUCAAGAGGUUUUUUUAUAUUUCUACCUUCUGGUCUCAUCAUUUUCAGUUGAUGCUCUUAUAAAUGGUUGCUUCAUUUUGUGUUUACUUGAUUAAGUUAAUUCACUAUUUUGCAUUUGAUCAAUGAUGUAGUGACUCGAGGGCAGCCUCUUUCAUUCACAUUAAUGAUAGAACAACUGUUUUUAGGAAGAUUUUCUGUCUUGUACUUGCUGCUUGAGCAUCAAACUGCACAUCAAUCAGCGUUAAGCAGAUGCCUAUGUUGAUUGGUACGGUUUUUUUAAAUUAAAACAUUGUACCCGCCUUCAUCAAGGCAAAAUCUUCUCUGACGACUUGCGUUAAGUCUGAUUUAUGUGAUGCCUUUAGAUUUGGAGUUUGAAUAGUAGAGGAAGGAGACAACAAGCUUGCUCUUUCCGAGGAUCUUGUUUCAACUUUUACUUGUAUAUUCUAAAUUCAAUUUUUUUUUUAACAAUGGAGGUGACAAUUCUUUUUUUCUUUUGUGGCAGUUUUCAUGGAGUGAUUUUUUUAUAAAAAAAACUCAUACAUGCUUAAAAUUGCUUGAAUGUUUCAUAUAUAAAAUCACCCCCCAAAAAAAGAUGCAACUUCGAUCCUGAAUGUUAGAUUACCGCAAAUGUUUCACACAUUUGCAUUAUGGUAAUCUUAGGACUUGCGUAUAAUAUUGUUAUUGCCUACUUGCUGAUCCGUGAUAGAAUAAUUCUAGUGCUGAGCAAUUGAAAGACAUCGGCUGCAAAUGGGUUAUUCUUGGGCAUUCUGAGCGGCGGCAUGUUAUUGGUGAAAAUGAUGAGGUACUACCAUAGCCCCCGUCCAAUAAUUCUGAACAUAAUCCAGAACUCAAAUUAUUUCUCACUAAUCAUAACCAGAAGCAUUGGAUUUAGGGGCAGAGCUGUAAGCGCAUCAGAUGAUGUGAUUUGAAAAAACCUUUAUGGGAAACCUGAUUAGCACAAUUUUGACUUCAGUUCAUUGGGAAGAAAGCCGCAUAUGCCUUGAACCAGGACAUCAAAGUGAUCGCUUGCAUAGGGGAACUGCUGGAGGAACGCGAAUCAGGGAAGACUUUUGACGUCUGUUUCAAGCAGUUGAAAGCCUUCGCUGGUAUGCAUUCUUGUAGAUGCUAAACAGGAGGUGAAUUGGUAUCAAUGACCUCUGCUAUUCGUGGCACAGAUUCCGUUCCCAGCUGGGAGAACAUCGUCAUUGCAUACGAGCCCGUGUGGGCUAUUGGCACAGGGAAGGUGGCCACACCGGAGCAAGCUCAAGAAGUACACUCUGCCGUUCGCGAUUGGCUGAAGAAGAAUGUCUCAGCUGAAGUCGCAUCCAGCAUCCGCAUCAUCUACGGAGGUAUGAUAUCUCCAAAUACCUUAGUCUCUUCUUGCACAUAGUUUCUAUCUCGAUGACUCUUUUAUCUUACUUCAUCUCUCCUCAUAUAUUAAUUAAACCGCUGUUGCAGGUUCCGUGAAUGGCAGCAACUGCGAUGAGCUGGCGAAGCAAGAAGAUAUCGAUGGCUUCCUUGUUGGCGGUGCUUCCUUGAAGGUGAGCGCGUGCAUCAGAGGACAUGGGUUUCACGUUAUUAUCCCCCCCCCCCUUUUUUUUAUAUUGGUGCAAGAAACUCGGAUUAUAUUUCUUCAUGGCGGCUGCCUGGUUUCCUUGAUGCAAUUGCAGGGCCCGGAGUUUGCCAAAAUAGUCAACUCAGUGACCGCCAAGAAGGUGGCUGCCUGA